AUGGGUCACACUGCCCGCAUCAAACUGGACUUGGUUCUCCAACGUUUGGCGCCGGUCGGCAUCUACGCCAAGAAGUACGAGUGGGCGGGCCGCCGGGAGCUGGGCGACUGCGGGCUGUGGGUGCGCGCCGCCACGCUCGACUUCGACGACGGCGAGUGGGAGUGCCAGGUGACGGCGUCCGAGUUCACGACCCAGGACGCGCUCACCUCCAGCCCGGCGCGGCUCGUCGUGCGCGUGGCGCCGCAGCGGCCGCGCAUCGAGUACAACUCGAGCCAGGUGCUGCCCGAGCACAACGUGACUGGUCGAGCCGGGGAGACGGCCGCCAUCAAGUGCGUCAGCCGCUACGGCAAUCCUCCGGCGAGGCUCAAGUGGUUCCUGGACGGCGAGGAGCUGGCCGGCGCCAACCAGACCAACAGCCUGGAGGCGGACAACCGGCGCACCUGGGUGGCCAGCUCGCAGCUGCAGCUGCCCCUCGCCAGGCGGCAGCACGGGCGCGCGCUGCGCUGCGUGGCGACUCACGAGUCGCACGAUACACGCGCGCAGUCCAUCACCGUGCGGCUCGACGUGCUCUGUGAGUGGCGCUCCUUGCAGUGCGGCCAGGGCCCUACCCUGCGGUGUCACUGUUUAUUACCUUUUUGA